AUGUCGUCUCUCUCUCGCAUUCUCCUCCGUGGCACCUUCAGCUUCAGCAGCCCCACGAACGGCCGCUUCUUCUCCGCCGUUUCCGCCGCUGCAGCCGCAACCUCGGAACGGAAACCGUCCCUAAUCACCCUCGUAAACGACGAACGCGACCCCAAAUACAUCACGGAGAAGUUCAAAAAGGCCUGCGAAUCCGAGUGGUUCCGCAAGAACAAAGCCGUCUACGAGAGAACCGUGCGACGCCUCGCCGCGGCCAAGAAGUUCGAGUGGAUCGAGGAGAUCCUGGAGGAGCAGAACAAGUACCACAACAUGUCAAAGGAAGGAUUCGUCGCGAGGAUUAUCAACCUCUACGGACGAGCCGGCAUGUUUGAGCACGCGCAGAAAGUGUUCGACGAAAUGCCUGAGAGAAACUGCAAGAGAACAGUGCUGUCUUUCAACUCUCUGCUGAAUGCGUGUAUCAACUCCAAGAAGUUCGAUUUGGUUGAAGGCAUCUUCAAGGAGCUGUCAGGUAAACUCUCGAUCGAACCGGACAUUGCAUCUUACAACACUGUGAUUAAAGGAUUGUGUGGGAAUGGUUCUUUAACCGAAGCUGUUGCGUUGAUUGAUGAGAUUGAGAGCAAGGGACUGAAACCUGAUAAUUUCACCUACAACGUACUUUUACAUGAGUCGUAUUCCAAAGGGCAUUUUGAGAAAGGUGAAGAGAUUUGGGGAAGAAUGGUGGAGAAGAAUGUUCCGAGAGACAUUCGUAGUUACAAUGCUAAGUUGUUAGGAUCAGCCUUGGUGAUGAAAUCGGAAGAGAUGGUUACUCUCUUUGACGAACUUAAGGGUAACGGGAUCAAACCUGAUGUGUUCACAUUCACUGCCAUGGUUAGAGGAUUUGCCGGUGAAGGGAAAGUUGAUGAGGCCAAGAUGUGGUACAAGGAAAUGGAGAAGAACGGUUGUCGUCCGAUGAAAUAUAUCUUUACCUCGUUGCUUCCUGCGAUGUGUAAGACCGGUGAUUUAGAGUCGGCGUUUGAGCUCUGCAAGGAGAUAUUCAGCAAGCGUCUGCUUGUCGACGAGGCCAUCGUGCAGGAGGUGGUUGAUGAAUUGGUGAAAGGUUCCAAGCAGAAGGAGGCUGAGGAGAUUGUUGAGCUCGCGAACAAGAAUGACUAUUUACAGUUCAAGCUACGUCUCUCUUCCGAGGAGUAG